AUGCAUCUCAAACUUCCUUCCAUUAUUCCAUCCCUUUUGCUGGCUACUCAAGCCCAGGCCUUCCGCGUCACUUUCUACUUGGGUUCCCAGUGCCGCGGCGCCCGGCUGGGCUCUGGAUCCUACGUUUACCCAGGGUAUUCGUACCCUGAUGCUUGCCACAACGUUCCUCCCAAUGCAAUCUCGGCGACCAUCGAGCCGGAGGAGCUGGAUGAAGAAUCGAACAACGUCGCUUUUUGGAAGACAUGCAGCCGAGAUCUCGUAGCCAGCAGCGACGACAACUGCGUCAAUUUCCAGGGAGCGACAAGGUUCUCGAUCCGUGAAGAUUGGACCGUCCCCGGAAAGCGGAGCGUCCCUUCCUCUGCUACUGCCUUGACGGAGGCCAGGGCCGGCGCCAUCGACCCCGCGCCCCCAACCCAGAAGGCGCGUGCGCGUGGUCGUGCUCGUAUUCUCGCCAAUGCCCCCUGGUCCGCCGAGCAAGCACGCCACCGGCAGCUCCUCAAAGUGCCCGAGGCCAGCGCGCUCGGCUCGCUCUCGCCGUACUUUGACCCGGACCUGCUGGCCGAGGCCGGGUUCGGCCACGGCAACGUGUCCGAGGUGUUUGGAAAGACGGUGCGCUGGCAGCAGGUCGCGCUGGGCAUCACCGUGGGCGUGCCCGUGGAUGAGUGGGACGAUGCCGUGCAUGUCAAAAGCGAGGCGUUCGUGCCGUACGGGGAUGUGGUGCAGUCGGCUGGGCUUGAGGUGCGGGAUGGGUGUGGUGGUGGUGGUGGUGGUGGUAGUGGUGGUGGUGCUAGCGAGGAGGAGGAGGAGGAGGAGGAGGGGGUGUGCCAUUCGAGCUGGGGUCUAGUGGAAAGGGCGGAGCAUGAGAAGAGAUGGGAUUAUGCUUCUUGCCGGUCGCUGUUGACGUGCGUGCGGGACACGGUCGGCGGGGAGUGGGUGCGGCUCGCGGAUGGGUGGGCUCAGGGGGUCGCGUGCGCCGAUAGGAUCAAGGCGUUUGGUACCACCCUUUAUGAUUAUGUCCACCAAUUUCCGGUGACCUGUGAGGUUGUCAAGCUGGCCGCAGGGGGCGUCAAUGCCUUUGUCGACAGCAUACUCGAGGCGGCCAACGCUGGCGACGAAAAUGUGGCCCGGACAGAUAUCACCAUGGGCAAUGGCCACAUUCUUGUCUUGUACGGACGUGUGUUUCCGAGAGACGCCCAGCCGCCAACCGAUCUCUGCCCUGCUUAG